AUGGCUAGAAGCAGAGAACAACUUCAUCCAUCACUCAGCAAACUAAACUAUAACAGAAAAGGAAAAAUCAUUCACAAGAAAGCCAUGACAACAAGCACCCAUGUUUCUCUCUUCCUUAGCUUUGCAUUCCUCUUCUAUGCGGUUGCAGGAGGUAAGGUGACAUUCACGAAUCGGUGUCAGUAUACAGUAUGGCCAGGAACUUUAACCGGCGACCAAAAACCACAACUAUCAUCAACAGGUUUCGAGUUAGGACCCGGUGCAAUCACCUCAUUGAACCUUCCAUCUCCUUGGUCAGGUCGGUUUUGGGGCCGAACCGGAUGCUCCUUCAACAACGGAAAGUUCAUUUGUGCCACCGCUGAUUGCGCAUCUGGUCAAGUGGGGUGCAACGGCGCCGGUGCAAUUCCACCCGCAACAUUGGUAGAAUUAACAGUAGCAUCAAAUGGGGGACAAGAUUUCUACGAUGUGAGCAAUGUUGAUGGGUUCAACGUGCCCAUGUCUGUAACGCCACAAGGUGGGAGUGGUGACUGCAAAACCUCCAGUUGUCCAGCGAACAUCAAUCUUGUUUGUCCUUCAGACCUUCAAGUGAGAGGUUCUGAUGGGAGUGUGAUUGCUUGUAAAAGUGCUUGUUUAGCUUUCAACAAGGAUCAAUAUUGUUGCCGUGGAGCUUUCAAUACCGAACAAACAUGUCCACCCACAAACUAUUCUACUGUUUUCAAGAACCAGUGUCCGCUUGCCUAUAGCUAUGCUUACGAUGAUAAGACCAGCACCUUCACCUGCUCUUCAACACCCGACUAUGCCAUCACUUUCUGUCCAUCCACUUGA